CACAAAAACAUCACGAGUGGUAGCUGCAGCUGUGGAUGCUACAAAUACAGCACAUGGUAGCGUUUGGUAGCUGUUUGAAGAGACGGACGCCACCUGCCCCAAACUCCGAACUUGAUUGAAACUUUCGUUACAAGUCAAUUCUGUAAACUUUUACUUUAUUAGCAGUAAUUCGUGGGACAACUUCAGCGUCAUUUGUCCCUAUUCUGAACUGUGAGUGAGUGUUGAGGUGUCUUUGAGGACUUUCAAAAACUGUUGUCCAGCAGCAGCAGAGAAGCCAGCAUGUCGACAGGCGCUAAAGAAGUUAAAAGCUGCCCCAUCCCGACCAGGGUCCUGACCCUGAAGGACUGGUCCCAGUUACCCGACUGUUAUAGCCAGACACCCGGGGGAACCCUCUUCUCCACCACGCCUGGAGGUACACGCAUCAUCUACGACAGGAAGUUUUUGUUGGAUUGUCGAAACUCCCCUCUCGCCCGUACCCCCCCAUGCUGUCUGCCCCAGAUCCCAGGGGUAACGGUUCCUGCUACGCACCCUAUGGGGAAACUGCAGGAUCUAAAGGAAGAGGCAGAAGAGGACGAGAAGGAUAUUGCAGAUGACAACCAGUUUGAGAUGGACAUCUGAGCCUCCAGUAUUACCUCCUAUGGAGAGUUAUUAGUUAAAACAACCCGAAGGUCGUUAAUGACUGUAAUGCAUUGCAUAUAAAGCUUUUUUUCAUCUUUUUUUAAUAAAAGAUUUUGUGAGGAACCAAAAAGAAGGAGGCAACUGUAGGGUGUUUUGGACCCUAGUAAAGCACAGAAAGGUGUUUGGAUUGGUUGCUCACUCAUUUGGGAGCUACAGCAGGAUUGAAAAAAAUCUGUUUUGAUUUACAUUUUUUUUAUCUUUUGUAAAUAAGGAAAUAGUUCCAUGUAGCCUAUUUUUUAAGUUGGGGGUAUAUAAGAUUAUUACAUUACAACAUGUAGAGUAAUCCACUGCAGGAAUUAGUAGUGCUGUUGUCGCCCCCCCCCCCAGGGGGAUGAUUUACUUGUUUUGUUUCAGGCAACAAGUCUCUUUAUAUUUUGGGGGUGGUGGCGGGGGCAGGGCCUAAUAACUCAGCACCUGCUCUGUUUUGAAUAGAGGGAGAGAGGAAAUGUGAAUAAUUUCAAAUAAAGGCUGUUUGAACUGUCAACAAA